CCGCCACACCGCCACACGCCACACUACCAGACCGCCACACGCCACACCGCCACACGCCACACAGAGGGAGUCUUCUCCGUCCAGUCGGCCUCAGCUUGUGGAGGUAAAAACUCAAACUAAGAGGCAGUGAGGAGAAAGGUCCCCGCGGGACCCUCGACCGCAGGGCGUACAGAAGCCCUGCUGCAUUCUGGGAGGAGGACAGGAGGAGCCCGGGCGCCAUGACGACCACAGAGAUGACCCGCGAGCAGCAGGAGGAGUACCAGAAACAGCUGGUGGAGGAGAAGGGGGAGCGGGACGCCGAGUUCCUCGUCAAGAAAGCGGAGCGAGCAGCACUACGCUCCUGUCUGAGGGACAAGUACAGGCUGCCCAAGAGCGAGCGUGACGACAGCAUCCUGGAGCAGGCGGGGGACGAGGUGGACGUCCCGGAGGAGCUGCUGUCCAUGGUGGAGGGCGAGGGGGGGGAGGAGGAGCAGAGCGCCUCCCUGCUGGGUCACAUGAGCACCCUGCAGAACAUGGACAUGGACCAGAUGAAGGAGAAGGCCUCGGCCACCGUCACAGGGCUGCGCUCCAAGGCCGAGGACAAGUGCCACGUCAUGUGACCUGGUACUGCUCUGGUGCUGCUCUGGUGCUGCUCUGGGACCCGUCCUGCUCUGGUGCAGUACUGGUCUGGUACUGGUUGGUACUGGUCUGGUACUGGUUGGUACUGGUUGGUACUGGUUGGUUCUGGUCUGGUACUG